GUCGUAAAUAGCAACAUCAACAAAUAUGGCAGACGAUAUCCACGUCAGGUUGUGUCUGCAAGAAAUAGUCAAGCUUGAUUUAGAAGCAAAAGCUAUUAUUCAGGUGCAGAUUUAUUACAAUUUGCUUAUUUUAGCGCGAUUUAUUGUUUCUAGUGAAAUAAAUGGUAUACCAAAUAAAUUUAAAAAUUCAUUUUCACCUCCGAAGUGGCUAUUCGGAACCGGGUAUCAGAAGUGUGAGUGUAACCGGUUAUCUGAUGUCAGAAGUUGUAAGUGGAGUGAGAGUGAUUAAAAAAGUAUUAAAAAUAUUAUUGUUGGGUUUGUAGUGUAAGACAAAAUUUGGUAUCAAAUGAAAGAUAAUUGAAUGGACUAUAAUUAUAUGCUUUUAAUUGUAAACUUACUUCUUCAAUUUAACUAAAUUUUAGUCUAAACUAAAAAAUAAACUACCACAAAUUACAUCUGAAUAGCAUUUAAUUAUAUAUUUAAAUUUAGUCUAAAUUAAAAAAAAGGGACCCGGGUCCAAAUAGCGGCUAUGCUUAGGAGCCGACUCCGUUGACCGUGGGCGGGAUCAGAGUCCCCCCAAUGCCCCAAAGGCAGACUGCGGACGACAGUUGGCUGGGUCGCAAUGCUCCCCUUUCUUGUAUGCUCGUUGCCAACUAUGUGUGUACCCCCAAACAGGUAGACGAGAUUUGGAUUUGGCCAUAGGACUUGGCCGUUACGCAAAUUUGUCAGUAGGUUCAAUAGGCUAUGUGUUCACGUGUACCUGUGGUCACUUGUCUUCUGUACAUUCACUUGUCAGUGGUGGGAAGCGCUCUCUGCAUUGGUCGGAAAUCAAUUUCCAAUCCCCCUAGGGAUGUCAUUUGCACCACCUCCCCCCCCCCCCCCCCCCUAAAUUUGCAGGUUUUAUAACAGUUGCUGUGUACUGUGGUGCUUCCCAUCUGUAACUGUGGCAUAUCACAACACCAGCAGUAAAUUAGAAUAAUAAUUUGCUGGAUGCUGAGGUAACUUCCUGCAAAGAAAGAGCCUUCUCGUAGUGACUUUCUGUAACUGAAUGCAGCACAGGCACACCUGAGGCAGUCCUGUCCUUGAGCAUAUAUGUUCAAUCUGCACAGCCCAUUGCAGAAACCACAUGUCAUAAUGUUUUUUAAUAGGCGUCAAUGCAGACCCCAUCAUAGGGCUGAAUUAGGGUCGGACAAAUUCGGCAGUAGUGUGCACAGCCACCAUACUUCUUCAUUGCGCAUCUGAUCAGUAUCAAACACUUCGUGCAUCAGCUCUAGUGUAGUCUCUCCUCUUUUUCUUCCUAUCAUAAUGGUAGUUUAGUAAUAAUUAUUUAAAUGAAUUCUGCUAAAUAAUUUUAAUGGAUGCGGAACUAUUAAUGGACAUCAAUAUAAGAUUAAUUGUUUAAAUAGCCCUUCAAACCGAAACAACUGGAUUUUUUUCCUGUUUCGACGCUGAAGUGGUAGAUUACUGUACCGCUCUUACUGCUUCCUUUCUGAUAUGAGUAGGUUUUGUUUACAUUUGUUUUUCCAACCAUUGCGACCUUUUUUUUUCGAUUUGUGUUGAAACUAUUGUAAACAAAACAAUGGCCACGCCUAAUCCAAGCACAUCAGCUGUUCCUAGGCUAUGAGACCGUCAAGUUUGCAAACAAAAGAGCUUUUUUUGUGAAUUAUUGAUGCUGAAAUCAUGAAUCAUUUGAAUCUGAUUCCAGUGAAAUCUGAUGGGUCAGUAAAUGCCAAAUGGAAAUAGAAUGGUGAUAGUCAUAGUGGUGACAGUCUGCACUUUAGUAAAAAUUUCAAAACAUUUUUUAAAAUACCGGUAUAUAAAUACCACAGCUGUAUUAGUAUAAGACUAAUAAAAGCCUAGAGAAUGGAUUACAAAAACCAGUGGCGUAGCGAGGCAGGUGCGGGGGGUGCGGACCGCACCGGGUUUUUAGGGGUGACACCCGAUUGAAAAAUUGCAUAUUUACAGGGCACACAUUGCUCGCAAAAAUCGAGAUUCAUAAAAGAAUAACCGAUCACACAUAUAUUUUUCACAAAUGUAACCAAUCCAAAUGCGUGCUUUAUUAAAAGUUCUUGGGGGGGGGAGGGGGGGGGAUGACACCAUGAGUUUACCGCACCGGGUGACACGAAUCCUAGCUACGCCACUGACAAAAACACCAAGAUCAACUUGCUAGUUCAAGUGGUUCAAAAGUUAUGAAUUUUUAGUAAGGUCCUCAAAACCACUUUUUUACUAUGGCGACAGUGAGGAAUCAGAUAAUACUACUCCUAUUGCUGCAAAGAGAAGGCAGAAAUAGGCAGAAAAGAUGCAGGAUAAAUGGUUUCUAAAGCCCAGAAACCUGAAACACUCAUUUCCCUAGUGCCAACCUUGUGAAAGCCAGAGAAAAAGCCCAUCAACAGUGCAGAUGAGCGUCUCACUGAAAAUAAGCACUUGGUUGAUUAUGAUUGACAGUGUGCAUACUGUUCAGUGCACAAAAAUAAUCAAGCAUGGCUGCUAUGUGUGCAUCGGAUGCACAGGAAGGCUUCAUCUGUGUGUUUAGGAGUGCUUCAGAAAAGACUACACAAAAAGAAAGAAAAUAUUUUGUAAACAAUGUGUUUGACAUUUGUGUAUAUAUACACAUGCAAAGAAAAUGUUUUCUUCUGUUAACAUUAACGUUACAAAAAUGUGUGUAACUCUUUCACGAAAUGGAUUAUUUUCAAAAUGUAAAAUGCAUUCCGAUCAAAAAUGUAUAUACUUUCUGAUGAUUGAAACAUAAUAGGAUACCAGCUACACAGACCAUAUAGUGUUCAUAACUUCAGUUUUACUACACAUUUUUUUUUUUAAUUUAAAUUUUGAUCUCAUAAUAUUACCAAUAAAAUUUAAACUAUUGUUGUCCUUUUGUUUUAUCUUUUACAUAUUAUUAUUCUCUGUCUAAUCUCCUUUAAUUUGAUAUAAAAUAUAGCUAUCUUGCUAAAAACAAAAACGUAUUCAAAAUUCAUUUAUUGAUAAGAGCACCCUGGCACAAACGUGUAAAACCCCUUGGCAUGGAAAGAAUUAAAUAUGACUCGAUUAACUAUCACCAUUUAAUGCUAGCUCAUGGUUGUUUUUGGGAAAACUUUCAAGUCAAUUUCAGCAAGUUCAUGAUAUUCUGCUUUGACUGAUGAUAUUCUGCUUAGACAUGAAUCAUGAAUUUUAAAAAAAAGGUCCUGAUAAUGUCAUUGUAGUGAAAAUCAUCUUGGUCAUCGUCUAGAUCCAACAGCUUAUUUUGCAAAAUGACAUUUAAAUCAACCUUUGAUGCAACAAUUGGAUUAGAAUACAUCCAGUUACUAUCCAUAGAUCAUCUUUUCAGGAAAAGUAAACCUUAAAAUAUGAACUUUUGUAGAGAUGUGUCAUAAAGUUCAUAAAGUGCUUCCCUUGCAUCGAUGAAUUUAGUUGCUAAGUUGUGAAACAUAUUCAAAACCAGUUUCUGACACCUAAUAAUCUAUGUUUCUUCAUUGAACCAUUGUGAAACACGAAACCAUGAUUGCCUUUCAUGGAUGUGGUGAGCUUAUUUAAGCUGGCAAAGAUAUCUGGCAAGUAAGCCAACUUGGCUAUUCAAUCCAAAUUGCCAAACAAUCCUGACGAAUUUUUUUUUUUUUUUCAUUUUGCAUUUUAAAAUUCAGUAAGCUUCCUUCACAAUUUAAAAACCCUUGUAAAGCGUUCCAUUUCGACAACCAAUGUACUUUUGCAUGCAGCAGAAGUUGUUUGUGUUUAGCCUUAAUUUCAUCAAAUAAUGCUUUCUCCCCUUGAUCACAUGGAUUUAAUUGCCUUUCAUAGAAACAUUAGUUUGUGUUGCCCAUUUUGGCACGAUCGUAUACUGCCAAUAAUAGUUUAGCUUGCCAUGGUUUUUUCUUGUCUUUUAAUGUAUCGCAAAUUUUUAUCCAGCUCAUAGCAUCAGCUUCCCAGGCUCCUCUUGAUGUGUACAAAGUGAUGUAUUUUUAUAACCAAAGUCAAUCAUGAAUUUUAUAAUUUAGUUUUAAACAGCGACACAAACAUGUAACUUUUCACCAAGUUUUUUGGCCAGUGUUGAGCAGACUGGCAAUGUAAAGCUCGUGGAGUGGCACCGGUCCGCUAACCAAAAUUGGGGAACACUGGGCUAGGCAUGGUGGUUUCCCAGGUCAACUACCAUCCAUUCAGUAUUUGAAAGAUUUUGUUUGUUAUUUUUGUCUUGAAAGUGGGGAGCGUUCUCACAUCCCCCAAAAUUAUGUUGAAAUAGAGGGCUUCCUUGAAAUGGCAAAAUGAUAGAAAUGAAUGGCAUAUAGGUACUUCUUUUUUCAACCAAACAAAAUGCAGCACUUUUAGCCAUGCACAAUUUAUCAUAGUAGUUGUUUGGCCAUCAGCAAGGAUUAGUUGCAUUUUUUUAUUUCCUUUGAACCUUGUGAAAGUGAAUUUUAAAAUUUUUUGAUAAUUUCCAUUUUUCAUUUUAAUAGAUUUCAUAUAAAUUUAAUUCAUUGUUAUUUUUAGUUCAUGAUGCAAAUAAUGUCAAUAACUGGAAAGUUAUCACACACGUCAUAUUGUAUAGGUCUAAGAUGUCAAUAUUUAGAAACAGGGGGGGCAUUUGCCUCUGCCUAUAUUUUUUUCAUUGAACACCUUGUUUGCAUUGUUUAAAAAAAAUAAGAUAAAGUUAAAGAGUUUUAAUUAUUUGUUUAUAACUCUAGGACAUUCGUCAAGAUGUGGGUACCCUGGAAAUGCUUGAUGAGUUUAAUGCUAAGGGAAGAAAGAAAAUAUCGGAUCUUAGAGGUAAAAUAGCGGUAAGCAUUCCAGUAUAUAAUUAUGUGAAUGUUAAAUUGAACUAUGUUUUUAAUUGUCGUCAUAAAUAAAGAUUUUUUGGUAUGGUAAAACUCUGAUAAAGCGUCGGUAAUUAAAAUAGACCCAAAACAGCUUUAAUAACAUAAAAUACCCCCAACAAAGCUGUAGUUAAAACAGUGUUACGUUUAUUUAAAAUACCAUUCUACUCUGGACACAACAGACUGUCUAAUCACGGAUAGUUUUCGACAAGCAUAAUCAGGAAGUUCGGAAACAUGCCUGUGGGCCAAAACUGGUUACAAUAGGCAAAUUCUUGCAGAUAUGACGGAAACAAUGCUCGACGAGUUCCAAAUUGUCUUCUCAACUUCCGCUUAGCUCUCAUCUCAUCCACAUGUUUUCGAUGCGCUGGGUAUGCACUUCGCUGUCAUCAGGAUCCACAUGUUUUCGGUGUGCUGGGUCCCGAUCCCUAUUCCGUUUCAAAAUGGGACACCAUUAGGAUCCAGACCCCAUUGGAACCCAGAUUGAGAUCCAGAUUGGGAUUCCGACCCUACAGGGAUCCCAACUCCAUUGGGAACCCUUUUCCAAAUUGAAUACCAUAUCACAAUAGGAUCCCGACCUAAUUCCAAUCCAUGGGGGUUCCCGACUUUGGUCGAUCCUGAUCCCAAUGGGAUCCCGUUACUGGUGGGUUCCCGAUCCUAUCUGGAUCCCUUUUGCCGGUUGGAUUUCGCUUUCUGUUGCAAGCCUGUACAGAACCUCACAUCUUGCCAGGGACACACAUCGUUUCCAAUGGCUGGGCUACAUACUCACACAUAAUCAAAUCAGACACGGCACACAGAAUAUACGAGCAUUCUGUUGCUGUUUGUGGAUCCUGAUGACAGCGAAGUUCAUACCCAACACAUCGAAAGCAUGUGGAUGAGAGCGAAGCGGAAGUUGAGAAGACAAUUUGGAACUCGUCAUGCUUUUUUUCCGUCAUAUCUGCAAGAAUUUUCUUAUUGUAACUAGUUUCGGCGCACAGUUAUGUUUCCGAACUUCCUGAUUACGCUUGUCUUGUCGAAAACUAUCCGUGAUUAGACAGUGUGUUGUGGUUCAGAGCAGAAUGGCGCUUUAAAUAAACUUAAAACUGUUUUAACUAAAGCUUUUUUGGGUGUAUUUUAACUAAAGCUUUUUUGGGUGUAUUUUAUUUUAUUAAAGCUGUUUUGGGUCUAUUUUAAUUACCGACGCUAUAUUGGAGUUUUACCGCUUUUUUACACGUUUUAAACAUUUACUACCUGAUAUUUUUUAGAGAAUCAUAAAUAACUUUAUAAAUUAUAAAACUAGUAUGAUUUUUCCCCAGGAGCUUGAACGACUUGGUUUGGAACAAGAACGUGAUUCAGACAGAGAUGCUAUUCUAGUCAAUGUUGAAAGCUUGAGACAAAAAUUGGCAAGGUGUUUCUGUCAUUUUUUUAAUGAAUACCUUUACAGUAUUUUAGUAUUUGCAAUGUGCUAACUGGUAGGAGGGGGGGGGGGGGUAAGGUUUAAUGAAAUUUUUAUUACAUCAGCAUUGGAAUUGGUUGUUGUUGUUGACAACACUGAAGGAGAAGAACCAUACAUUAUACAUUGAUUUGUUCAUAAUAAUCAUUUUUAAAAGAAGGUGACUAUUCUAGUUAUUCUGAAAUUUGAAUUCUAAUUGAUAUUCAUAAAAUGCUUUUUCUUACUAAAACAGAACUGUCACAAGUCUUCGCCAAGCUAGUUUAAGCACGAAGUUAACUCUAGAUAAAAAUGAAAAAAAGGAAUUAUUGAGUGGAUCUUCCCAAGUCAGAAAACGGUAUAUUGACCAUUUUUAUCAACUGUUUUACCCUAACCAAAAUGAGUAUUGCCAUGUUUGAUGUGGGUAAUAAAUAAAUAGUAUUUAAUUUACCUCUUAAUUACCUCCAUUAAAUGACACAGUAACUUUGAUGUUGACCUAUAUUGACCUAGACUGGUGCACUCUAAAACAUUUGCAAUGCCCAAAAUUUAACUAGGUUAUCUUGACAAAUAAAAACUUUACAUUAUAAAUUUAAAUUCACUUGAUACAUGCCAAAUCAAUGAAUCAAAUUUUCAAAACAUGCUUAUAAAUAUUGUGUUCCUAAAUCACUUGCUGUUUAUUCUGAAAAUUAUUUCAGGAGUAGGACCAUUGCUACUAUUUUACCAUUCAGUUUGCAUUUGAGAAAGAAAAAAAAUCAAAGGCUCUCUUUUAAUUUCUGUAGGAAUCAAGGAAAUAAAGAAACUUUAGUCAAGACUGCCAACAAUAUUACAGAGAGCUUAAUGAGUCUGAAUCAAACAAUGGCAGACCAAGUUAAACAGAGUGAAUUAAAUGUCACAACACUGGGUAAUAAAACAGUGUUAAUCAUUCACUUUAAUUUCUCCAGCAAUGUAUGCUGAAACUUUCUUCUCUUCUUAGCCAGUAUAAGUCAUUUAUUAACUUUUUAAUUUGUUCUGUCUUAACCACUCUUUUUAGCUCUAGAAAUGAUAUAGUUAUAUAUUACUAGCACUUGAAAUUCAUUCAAGAAACCCAUCUUGACCUAUGAAGUUUUUCGAUUUAUGAAGUCUCUCUAAACACACUUUAAUCUAAAUUGAUAGCAGGGUAACAAAUCGAGGAAGUUAAUACUAAUACUAUGCAAAAUAAACAGUCCAUGAUUCUUUAACAAAAAUACAAAAUAUCCUCAUUCAAGUCAAUGUUAACCCAAAAUUAAAAUAAACAGGCUCUCAUCAAGCAACUAGGAAAAGUCUAAAGUUAACCUCAAGCAGUGGUUCUGAACGAGUACUCCUAGGAACUCUAAGGGCUUAACAUACUCUUCUCAGUGGUUCCGCUGCUGCUCAAAGAAACUCCUAAACACCAUUAUUUUGUAAGACAUUGGGUAGGGUUAGGGGGCUUCCCAAUAGAAUUUAUUUCAAAAAAGGCUUCAAAAGGAUCUCUUGAACCAUCCUUCCACAACAUUUCACCGUUCAAAAAGGGAUCCUGAAGGAUCUCCUGAACCUUCCUUCCACAACAUGGCGCCAUUCGAAACGCAAUAUUUUUUUAUAUAUUAUUUAAAAGAUACAGAAAUGAAUUUUUGUUUAAAAUAAUUGCAUGAAACCUAAAUGUGAAUAUUCUACAACCAUUUUUAGUUUGAUUUAGGAUUUUUUUUUUUCAGCCGGAUCAUCUCAAGUUAUUUCUGAUACACAUGAAGAAUUUCAUACCAUGGGAGGUCAUAUACAGCAUUCUCAACGUCUCCUCACCAAAUAUGGUCGACGAGAGUUCACCGACCGUUUGCUUAUUUUGCUUGCUUUAAUUUUUUUCUUUGCAACUGUAUUGUAUAUUGUAAAAAAAAGACUGUGGCCAUCAUGAUUUGAAAAUUUCACCUUCUUUCUAGGAAAUAUUAAAUAAUAUUAAGACAAAACUGGACUUUUGACUUUUAAUUUUACAGAAUUUACUCAUUUAUAAAUCUGGGGA